AUGGAUUCAUCGGGAUCAGAUAUGCCAGUUCCGCCAUCACUCGAGGAGCUUGCCUCCAGAGGCGCCACCGCUUUGUUCCUCCCCUGGAUACUAGGCACCAGAGCCGCCUCGGAGACCUACCACAGUCGAGAAAUCAUGGUGUUCGUAAACCAAAGCACUGAGUCAAUUACCCUUAUUGACGGCUCCGGCGACGUUGAAUCUAUUCUCCGAGAAAUCCCAGAAAAGGAAGGGUUUAUACCCGCUUCAAAAGCUUCUAUAAAAUCCCUACCCGUGGUCCGAAUUACUAAAUCGGGUUUGGAGUGUCCGAUUUGUUUAUCGGAGUUUGAAAUGAACGGGGAAGUCAAACAAAUGCCGUGCAACCAUAAAUUCCAUUCGGAUUGUAUCGACAAGUGGUUGGGGAUCCACGGGUCAUGCCCGUAUUGUCGGUACAAGAUGCCGGAGGAGGAGAAGAAAGAAGAGACUGACAGUGACGAUGAAACGAGAAUGACAGGUGAAUUAAGGAUCCAUAUGUUCAUAACGGGUAGUCGGGGCUCCAAUAGAAGGAACCAGGAAUCCGGGCAUGACAGUUCGGGUUCGGAUAAUGGAAACGAUUCGGGCCUUGACGGGUUGUCUGAUCGAGACAUGGAGAUAGAUUCAUAG